UUGGCGUUGGGAAUAAACUGCCAACACACUUAGAGCUGAAAAUCUAUUGUUUUGCUGCUUUAACUUAGUUUUGGCACGAUAUACUGUAUGCACAUUAGGUCCAACUUUAGCUAUUUACAAAAAAGACCAAUACAUCUCCAUAGUAUUCUCUGAAUGGACAGGUUUCCUAGAUCUAAAAGAAAGGCUGAGUUAGAGUACCCUUCCAAAAUGGCUGCUCUUAAGGAAGAGAGAGAUGUGGAAGACUACAAGAGGAAAGGAAGACGAUCCUCACAGAAAUACCGUAGACUGAAUAAGGGCCAUGAGCCAAAGGAGCCGGAGCAGUUGAGAAAGCUGUUCAUUGGAGGUCUGAGCUUUGAAACAACAGAUGAUAGCUUGAGAGAGCACUUUGAAAAAUGGGGCACACUCACGGACUGUGUGGUGAUGAGAGACCCACAAACAAAACGUUCCAGAGGCUUCGGCUUUGUGACUUACUCUUGUGUGGAAGAGGUGGAUGCUGCCAUGAGUGCUCGACCGCAUAAGGUUGAUGGACGCGUGGUUGAACCAAAGAGAGCAGUUUCGAGGGAGGAUUCUGUAAAGCCUGGGGCACAUCUCACAGUAAAGAAAAUAUUUGUUGGUGGAAUUAAAGAAGAUACAGAAGAAUAUAAUUUAAGGGAGUACUUUGAAAAAUACGGCAAGAUUGAAACCAUAGAAGUCAUGGAAGACAGGCAAAGCGGAAAGAAAAGAGGCUUCGCUUUUGUAACUUUUGAUGAUCAUGAUACAGUUGAUAAAAUUGUUGUUCAGAAAUAUCAUACUAUAAACGGACAUAACUGUGAAGUGAAAAAAGCACUCUCAAAACAAGAGAUGCAGACUGCUAGCUCUCAGAGAGUGAAAUAUUUUGUAGGUCGUGGGGGUGGCUCAGGCAACUUCAUGGGUCGUGGAAACUUCGGAGGCGGUGGAGGAAACUUUGGCAGAGGAGGAAACUUUGGUGGAAGAGGAGGCUAUGGGGGUGGUGGUGGCGGUGGUGGGAGCAGAGGAAGCUUUGGGGGUGGUGACGGAUACAAUGGAUUUGGUGAUGGUGGCAACUAUGGAGGUGGUCCUGGCUAUGGCAGCAGAGGAGGUUAUGGUGGUGGUGGAGGACCAGGAUAUGGAAACCCAGGUGGCGGAUAUGGAGGUGGAGGAGGAGGAUAUGAUGGCUACAAUGAAGGAGGAAAUUUUGGUGGUGGUAAUUAUGGUGGAAGUGGAAACUACAAUGAUUUUGGCAAUUACAGUGGACAACAGCAGUCUAACUAUGGUCCCAUGAAAGGUGGUGGCAGCUUUGGUGGCAGAAGUUCAGGCAGUCCCUAUGGUGGUGGUUAUGGAUCUGGAAGUGGAAGUGGGGGCUAUGGUGGUAGAAGAUUCUAAAAAUGCUACCAGAAAAAGGGCUACAGUUCUUAGCAGGAGAGAGAGCGAGGAGUUGUCAGGAAAGCUGCAGGUUACUUUGAGACAGUCGUCCCAAAUGCAUUAGAGGAACUGUAAAAUCUGCCACAGAAGGAACGAUGAUCCAUAGUCAGAAAAGUUACUGCAGCUUAAACAGGAAACCCUUCUUGUUCAGGACUGUCAUAGCCACAGUUUGCAAAAAGUGCAGCUAUUGAUUAAUGCAAUGUAGUGUCAAUUAGAUGUACAUUCCUGAGGUCUUUAUCUGUUGUAGCUUUGUCUUUCUUUUUUCUUUUUAUUUUCCCAUUACAUCAGGUAUAUUGCCCUGUAAAUUGUGGUAGUGGUACCAGGAAUAAACAAAUUAAGGAAUUUUUAACUUUUCAAUAUUUGUGUAGUUCAGUUUUUCCACAUUUAGUACAGAGAACUCUAUAACAGAAAUAAAAUGUAGUUUAGGGUGUUUCCUUGUUAGUGAAUAGAGAAGAUUAAUGCAUUUCUCAAUUACUAUUUUGUAUUAAUUUAAAGUUAACAAUAGAAACACCUAUUGAUUUGCAGUCUUAAGGGGUCUAGUCUCAGUGUAUAUAUGUAACUGUCAUUGACAUGAGUUACAUAGGCAUACAGAGGGAAAACAUCUGUAUGUUGCAUUAUAGUUUGUUUAGAUGUAUAACUAGGAUUGAGUUACUCAAAUUAGUGUUUGUGAAUUAUAGAACUAAGCUUUACCUUAAUGAAAAUUUCAAAUUACUUUUUGGUUUGUGCAUAUUUUUUUAAUUUGUAGUUCUGUAUUAGUACUAGCGCUUCAAGAAAAUAAGGCAUGAUAAAUAUUUUAACAAGACCAACUUUAGACACAUUAAAGCUGUCUCCCGUCUCAUUUGAGAUGUAUAAGGGAUAAUUGCAGUUGCUUAAGUCUUGGGUGAAGAGAAAAAGAAACUUUGCUUUUUACCUUUAUAUUUAUUGUAAUUCCCGAGAAGUUAAGGUGGGGGGAAUCAAGUGCCUGUUUCCUUGGGAUAUACGAUGAUUCUGUUUCAAUAAAACUAUACUUUGGGGAGGGUGGCUUGGAAUUUUCAUCCCCUUCCUUUGUCCCCAUUUCCCUCUCCCUCACACCAGACUGCGCUGUUUCAAUUAAAUGAGGCGUCAUAGUGAGAGUAAUAGGUAUGUUCCUCAAUAACUUAAUGGCUAUAUACUUUCUUGCAUGCACCCUAGGCAAUUUUCUGGACACAUUCUUCUGACUGGGAGCCAAGGGUAGCACAGGUGUAAUCACUGACAGUCCCAGGUAACGCGUUCCAAAAGCCCGUUCACGAUGGGCUCAAAGUAGUAUAGUUUUCAAGCUUUUCCCCUUGCAAAUGUCUACACUCAGCUAAGAGCUUGAAGAUAAAACAAAACACGAUCUAGUUGUAUUUUACUGACUAGAAACGCUUCCCACAAUGUAGAAUGGUACAGUCUUGAGUUUCCACAGGUAGAAUGAUAGUGUGUUACUAUUUGAUUUGAUGCACUGGAGUAGCAAAUCUUAUCAGCACAUAUGGCUAGAAAUUGUACUUAAUUCUCACUUCUGACCUCCAAAUUAAGGCACUACAGUCUGUCCUUUUCUCAGCUGAUGUGAAUUCUCUCUCGACUAUUGCCAGGACAGUGCUUUCUGUCAAUUCAGACUCAGAAGAGUAGGGACCCAGUCAAUAGAAGAAAUACUCAGACACUUGACAAUAUGGUAUUGGAAUUACUCACACCUGUUUCACCUCUGGGUCAAUGUGCAGUAUAAGGUAAAUGCGAUUCCAGUGUAGGAAUGAAUCUGCAAAGAUGUGUGAAAUGGCUCAAGGCAAAAUCAGUCAUAUUAAUAAUGAAUUAUAAUUUUAAGAAGUAGCAGAAAAAUGAGUGUGUUGUUUGAAAAAAAAAAUUAAACAAUGUUAUUUAAACACUGUUAUUGGAGUGUAUUUAGACUGCAGUACGUUAAAACAAGGAACCGGUGUCAAGAUGGUAGCCUCCAAACUGGAUUUCAAAGUCUGCUUAUUCUUUCCUGUGGAGUUUUAAAAUAUCUCUAAAGUUAAAGCAAGAAUUGGUGAUUUAGUGAACGCUUCUGUUGUUGUACAUAUUAAUUUGGGCUUGGGUUGGGGGGGAGGCUGUAUUUCAAUAAAGGCAUUUUUUAAACAACCCAUUUGGAGUUUGAAAGCAUUGGAAACAGAACACAACUCACUAGGGAGUGAGCCACCUAACUACUGACUUGCUUUGUACGUUACUACGCCUAGAAGAUGUGUAGACUUGUACCUGGGGCCUGCAUCUGGUUGCAGGGACAACUGGAGGAUGGGGUUGAUGUCCCUUCUGACAAUUGAUCUGGUAUUUCUAAAUUUUUUUAGAAUGUAUUGACAGUGUUCUUUUUAACAGGGCCUCUUGUAGCUGUACUGUGACAACAAUGUUAACUUUGAAAAAUAGUGUCAUAAUAAACUUUCUGAACAAGA